UACGCGGGCGUGCGAGCGUGUGAUGACAUGGAUGCUGGUAGAGGAAAGCGCGCAGUGAUUGUGAUCUCUUCCGAAGAAGAAGAAGAAGAUAAUGAUGAUGAAUAUGAGGAAGACGCGGGCGACGGGGACGACGAUUACACCGAUCGCGAUGACUCGUCCGAAUCCGAUGACACUGGCAAUGGUCACAACGAUGACGGCGACGAUGAUGAGUCCCUCGCCAACAAAGUCGUCGCCCUCCUUCGAGAAGGAAAUGACAUAGAAUCGUUGAAAUUGAGAGAAUGCAAAGCCUAUUUGCGGAAACACGGCCUCAGGAUAUCUGGGACUAGAGCUGUUUGUGUUGCGAGGAUACAGGAGCAUUGGGGGUUAAAAGAUGGAAACGGAUACAAUCUCUACCCGAGAUCAUCCUUUAUCAUUAAUUGCACUGGUGAUGUCUGCAAGGGAGAUGUCGUUUUGUUCAGACAGAAGGUUUAUGAGAAGUUUGAGAAAAAGACUCGGAAUGGAAGAGUUAUAGGAAGCAGAACUGUUGCUGGGAGAGUUGUUAAGGAAAGCUACGGUGCAGCUAAACAACAACACACCUUUACUGUUGAGGUGCUUUGGAGUAGUGGGGAUAGGAAAUUACCUCCACUUUUUCCUUUGCUUAUAAAGGGCCGAAAUCUCUAUAAACUGAAAACAUAUAGACAGAGAUGGAAAAAUGAAGCCGAUAGAGUUAAAGUGCUUUCUGAGAAGCACAGACGAGGUGAAGCUGCAAGGUCUGUGAGGGCAAUGAGGCAAAAGAAGAAACACGGUUAUGCAAAUGUAUCUAAAGGUAUAAAGCGGCAGCAUGAAACCCAGAAUACAAAACCAUCAAAAAAGAGAAGAUCAUCUGAACAAGAUAAGCUUAGGGAUGUUGGUGGCCGUAGAAGAGCUCAAGAGGCUGCUUCAUCAACUCAUACAACACGAAUGGAGAAUGCAACUUCGAGGUUUACAAGGGGAUGGCAUACGUCUGCUGAAUUUGAGAAUUAUCAAGUUCCAGUUCAUCCAUUUUAUGCUGAUUAUCAACACCACUCAUAUCCAUCCCAGAACAACUCUCAAUACAGGAAUAGGAAUGGUCCAAGUGAAUUCUUUUAUAACGAGAGGGACCAUAUUCCAUAUAUAACUGGAUUCCCAUUUUUCAGGCCUCAUGUAGGUCAAUUCGCAUCUAGAUCACAGGUGCCUAACAAUAGUCAUCUUGCUCGCACAAACCCUAGAUAUCUUUGAAUUUAGAAAAUGUUGGCAGGUGAUCAUCACAAUUAUCUCCAAGAACCAUGUAUCUCUGGAAAACAUAAGAGUUGCAGGCAAAAUCUUUUAUUUUGGCUUUAAA